CAGCUCGUAGCCAACAACAAUCACAUUUUGCCUGCUCGGACCUCACCAAACGUUAAACUCGGAACACCCCAACACACACAACACAAACGUAUAUACGUACAUCUACCUCCAAUUGCAUUUUUUUUUCUAUCCCACAAAUCUCUCUCCACCAUCAAGCUCUGCUUUUCUUUUCCUUUGUUUUCCUCCGUCUCUCUCUACCGGGAAAUUUUAUUUUCGGUGGCGGGAAAGGGGAUUCGGCCGUUGGCUUCAACUGGGUGUUUUGUGAAGUUUGGAGAUUUGCUUGGUUGGGGGAUCUUACAAACAUGGACGCCUCCGUGGCGACGCCGAGGAAGUCGUCGAUAACGGAGAUGCUCCAGAAGGUUGCCGUGUACCGUCAUGGGAGAAACAGCAGCCACAGGAGGUGCUCAAAAGAGUUCGAGUACGAUUAUGACGAGGACGACACCGUGGAGCUAGUGCAGAUCGGAGCUGAGAGGACCAAAAACGUUCUGAUUCUCAUGAGUGACACCGGCGGAGGACACAGGGCCUCGGCUGAGGCCAUCCGCAACACCUUUCAGAUUGAGUUCGGGGACGAAUACAGGGUUUUUGUGAAAGAUGUUUGGAAAGAGUACACCGGCUGGCCUUUGAACGACAUGGAGAGAUCAUACAAGUUCAUGGUGAAACAUGUACAGUUAUGGAAGGUUGCUUUUCACAGUACCUAUCCCCGAUGGAUACACAACUGCUAUCUUGCUGCCAUUGCCGCUUACUAUGCCAAGGAGGUGGAGGCUGGUCUAAUGGAGUACAAGCCAGAUAUCAUCAUUAGUGUCCAUCCUUUGAUGCAGCAUAUACCUUUGUGGGUUCUUAACAAGCAAGGCCUCCAGAAGAAAGUGAUUUUUGUCACUGUCAUCACAGACCUAAAUUCUUGCCAUCCUACUUGGUUUCACCCUGGGGUUAAUAGAUGCUAUUGCCCAUCACAGGAGGUAGCCAAGAGAGCUCUACUUGAUGGUCUUGAAGAGUCUCAAAUCCGUGUUUUUGGCUUGCCCAUCCGACCUUCUUUUGCCCGUGCAGUUCUUUCCAAGGAUCAGUUGAGAAACGAACUUGAGAUGGACCCUCACUUGCCUGCAGUUUUGUUAAUGGGUGGUGGUGAAGGGAUGGGACCUGUUAAGAAAACUGCUCUGGCUCUUGGGGAAUCACUUUUUGAUAAAGAUCUUGGAAAACCUAUUGGGCAAUUAAUUAUUAUAUGUGGCCGCAAUGCAACCUUAGCCACUACACUUGAAACUGAGAAGUGGACAAUCCCAGUAAAGGUGAGAGGGUUUGAGACCCAAAUGGAGAAAUGGAUGGGGGCUUGUGACUGCAUAAUUACGAAAGCUGGACCUGGUACAAUUGCUGAGGCAUUGAUCAGAGGGCUUCCUAUUAUUCUUAAUGACUACAUCCCUGGACAAGAAAAGGGCAAUAUACCCUAUGUUGUAGAUAAUGGUGCUGGUGUCUUCACUCGAAGUCCUACAGAAACAGCAAGAAUUGUGACCGAAUGGUUCAGCACCAAGAAAGAUGAACUCCAGAGAAUGUCAAAGAAUUCUCUUAAACUAGCACAACCUGAAGCUGUCUUCAACAUUGUGAAGGACAUCAAUGAGCUUGUUCGCCAACGUGGGCCUCUAGCCAAUAUCCCCUACAUAUUAACAUCAUCAUUCACAAACCUCAUUUGAUUGUCAAAAAUCGUGUCUUCAGUGUACGACAAAGGUUUGCCCUAUUAGAAUACCAUGUACAGCUAGCUUUGUUAUUGCCAAGAUGAGUUGUAGAUUAUGCUGAACAAGCAAGCUCCAUUGGUUCUAAGGGCUGGGAUUUCAUUAGGGUACUAUUUUUUUGGAUGAAAUAGGAUUAUGUAAAAGUUACUGAUGUUGUAGUCUUUUAUCAUCAGUAACUUUUACGUUGCAGUAUUACACGUUUUCUGUUUUUACUCCAAAGGAACUUAGCUUGUUGAAUGUUGCUUACCCCAAAAAACUAUGGUCCUGUAAUGCUCCAUGAAUACACUUCCUCGUCAUAAUCUGUUGUGACUUUUCUCCCAAA